UUGCAAAAGAAUGCCUUUGAUGAUGCAUAAAAUAAACAAUAUCAGAAUAUAUAAUAUAUGCUUAAUCUACUAAUCUACAGUCUCUAAGCUAGAGACUCUAGACUUAUCUAGAUCUAAUAUACACAUAUAGAUGUAGUUUGGCUUAGAAUCCAGAUGUGGAUUAAAAGCAUUGAAAAAAAAGUGUGUCUGGCUAAUGGUGAAAUCUACAGAAUGAUGAUACUGAAAGCUACUAGUCAGGGAUUCUUAGCUCUGAUAAGUAACUGAAAUUUGUUGGGGAAAUCAAAAAGAGCCUGGUCAUUGUCUUUUAGCUGAGCCUUAGCAAUUGGCAUUGAUUUGAUUACAGCCAGGAGCUCAGGCCCACUAGUCAGCCCAUAUGCUAUAUUCAGAGCAAAGCAAACUCACAGACAAAAUAUUUGUGUUAAGUUAAUGUUUGUGAGUAAACCUAACUGAAGAAAGUUUUAGAAUAGAACUAAUGUUCAAUGCAUUUUGAAAGGCAAGUUAAGGACACUUUCUAUGGGACGUAAAAGUUCAAGCAGCCAUGAUAGGCCUCAUGGUCAUGGAUUACAGGAUCUGAAAACUGCAGUGAUAAAACAGGAGAAGAGAGUCCAAUCUUCACUAUGUUCCAUUGUUUUCCUUGUGACAUCACUCAAGACAAUAUGUCUAGUGCUCUUCUACUACAGCUUCUCCAUUGGCAUCACUUUCUACAACCAGCAUUUGUUCCAGCACAACCACCAGGCACUGUCCAUCACCAUGUGUCAUUUAAUAUUCAAAUUUAUUUUGGCAUUUUUGAUUCGUCAAGUCCUAGAAUGUAAGAAUCAGGUCCCUCGUGUCACACUCAGUUGGUCAGAUUGCAUCAAGCGUGUUGCUUUAGCAGGUUGUGUCAGCUCAUUGGAUAUUGGUUUAUCUAACUGGAGUUUUGAAAUGAUCACUGUCUCUUUGUACACUAUGUCCAAGACAACAGCUGUCAUUUUUAUCCUUUUUUUCUCUCUAAUGUUCAAGCUAGAAAAGUUUCGCUGGAGCCUGUUGUUUGUUGUUUUCUUCAUCUUUACGGGUCUGUUCCUGUUUACAUUCCGUUCCACUCAGUUUAAUUUGAAAGGCUUUAUUCUGGUCAUGACUGCCUCCGUAUUGUCUGGACUACGCUGGACUCUAGCACAGAUGGUUCUUCAAAAGAAUGAAAUAGGUCUCCAUAAUCCAAUAGAUAUGAUGUACCAUAUUCAGCCAUGGAUGAUUUUAUCACUACUUCCAUUGUCUGCUGGGAUAGAAUUACAAGAGAUGGCUACUUCGGAUCAAUACUUUCGCUUCUCAUUGUGGUCAGUGCUGUUGACAAAUGUGGGCUAUGUGUUGAUAGGUGCUGCAUUGGGGUUCAUGCUGGAGUUUAGUGAAUUUCUGCUUCUCUCAUAUACAUCAAGUUUAACAUUAUCUAUUUCUAGUAUUUUAAAGGAAAUCUGUGUUCUCGGAUUAGCCAUCCUUAUCAACAAUGAUAAGAUAACUUUAAUAAAUGGAGUAGGUCUGGUAAUUUGUUUUGUUGGAGUUAUGGUUCAUGUUUGCAGCAAGGCAAUUGAAAUGAAUGAGAAGUCUAAACAUAACAGACAUUUCACUGUUGAAGCAAGGAAGAUGUUAACAAAGAAAGGUUUUGCUAAUGACAGCUCUGAGGAUGAGGUGGAACUCUUCAGUUUUGACAGAGAUAGAUAGUGAUGGCUUUGAUGGAUUAAUGUGCUUCAGCCUUUGUUCCCUGUGAUUGAUUAAGAGUUGAAAUCUCUACGGCUUGUUCAGUCAUUGAUAUGUACAUAUAGCAACAAAUCUAUACAGGCUAGUCCUUGUCAUCUCCUACAACAAACGUGAUACCAUGUUGGAAAUAAACCUGUUGCUCAUUGAGGAUGGGGUCAUAUAGUCUGACAGAAAUCACCUUAUUAGACUUUUUAAAAUUUUAUUUUAAUUAACGUUGCAAAUAAUGCAAAUUAAUUUGAUGGUAUGUAUUAUGGCACCUAAAGUCCUGCCUUUUAAAAGGUUUAAUUAAAGGGGGAGUAAUACAACCCGUAAAGUCAAAGAUUUUAAAAAUCCUCUUAUGACCAUAAAAUUCAUUACAACUUUUUUUCUCCUCCUUUUAAAGAUUUGAGGACCAUUUAUAGAUUUCAAGUCUCAGUUUUGUAGCGCUCUUUUAAAACUUCUAUCAUUACUUACAAACCAUAGAGUUUUAUGAAAUUCACUUGACAAUAACUGCUUUAAACUUGGUUGACAUCAUGAGGAGUAACAAAAUGUUUACUGAAUAUAAAUAGUAUCUAUAUGUUCCAGGUAGUAUGUCACAAAUAAAGUUAUUGUUAAUAGCAAAAGAAAUAGCUAAAGUUGUAGAUUAAUUUUAACUUUAAAAUUUCAACUCUUUAAUUACGAUAAGCUACAUUUUGUAUUUAUUACAUUUAUUUCCUGUGGUUGGAGAGUUAAAGGUUUUUUGGGCUAAAUAUAUGUUCAAGUCAAGGUUUAAAAAAUACCAAAAAAAUGCUAAUUUAACAACAAAGCUUAUAUUAAGUGUAGUUGUAUUAAUUAGUUUGGAUCAGUCAUGUAGUUAAAUUUGUAAUAGAUCUAGACUAACCACAUUAAAUCUGUGGGAUUAGAAAUAAUUUUACAAUUGUUUUUGUUUAGUGCAAUUUCAUGCUUUUAGCUUUCUCAGUACGCUAUGAUCCUAUCACUUGUCUUAACCAUUUGGAAAGGUUGAAAAAAGGGGGGAGGGGAGAAAGAAGGGGGUAUCUGGGUGAUCGCUUUUUAACUGUAUUUAUUUUUUUUUUUUAAAGUGAGCUAACUGAAUUUGAACUCAAGGCCUAAGGCUUUCUCUGUCAAUACAGUAACCUCUAUGCCAUGGAACUGCUUAUGAACUGCUUAUGAAAAUAGGUUUUGUAGUUAUUUACAAACUAUUCUUUCUACAAGCAAUAAAGGGGAAUAAUUCAACUUAUACCACCUUAUCAGUCAAGUCAAAUUUCUUUCACACAAAAUUGCCAAUAAGUUAAUUUACUAGUUGGUUAGGUUUUUGUAUUGAUUCUUGUGUUGGCAGGUAAAAGAAAUAAUUGUGCAAAAUUUCUGCUUGAUCCGAGAUUGGGUGUUGGGACAAAACUUUUUUACCAGACAGACAGAGUUGAUAUAAUCUUUGAAAUAAGUGGAAGUAAUUCAUGUGUAAUUUUAAUAGCUUGAAAAAAAUUAAUGUCAUGCAAAUGCAUAGAUGCUCAUUAUAUAGUAUGGUAUUGAAACUAUAACUUGUUUAGUAUCAUAAAGUUUUAGGGCAAACAUAAGUGAACUACAAAGCUCAACAAGGAUUAUUGUGUACUGUGAUUCAUGGAGUUCUUUAAGGGAAUAUGAUCUAUAGUUAGUCAUAAUUAUUUAAACAGUAUAUCCUAUGUUUAGUUUGUGGAACUCACAAAUUGCAAGAUAUUGUUGUUUUUUUCUUCUAAACCAUUCUAUUGCCAUAUAAGGCUCAGCAACUUCAUUUAGAAUAUAAUCAUUGGUAAUAUGUUCAGAAUGAGUGUAUUUUUAUUGUAAAACAGUUGAUGGUUUUCUUUUCUUGUUGAGUCUGACUGUGUUCUUUCAGAGAUUCUUUUUUCAUAUAGGAGUAGAAUGUCAAGCUUCUUACUAUAAAUUUUUUUUAGUUUUUACAAUACAUAUGGUUUUGGGAAUUUCAAUAUUUUAAAAAUAUUUAUAUGGCAAAAUCCCAUUGUCCACACUCACAAGUCAGCACUCAUUGGGUUGUUUUUUUCAAUACUGCUAUUGUUAUGAAUAAAUUUUUUUUUCUUUUGCUCUUAAUAUUUGGCUGUUCAUUUCUUUAUUGGACCUAAAUUGUAAACCUGGAUGCAGAAUUUAUUGGUAGUUUGUUUGUUUUUUUAAAUAGGCACCUAAUAUAUUUCAUAUUGGAAAUGUAUGUACCUUUUUUAUUGCGAAUGAAUUUAUGAUAAGAUGUGCAUGUCUGUUUAAAUUAAUAUAGGCUGCCAUACAUGACCAGUUACUUUGAAAUAAAAUUGUCUAUUGUUAGAAAAAUUGUGCUCUUUCAUCCCAUUGAAAACUUUUUUUUGUGUACUUUUUUGUUUGUAGAAUUUCUGUGGGAUUUUAUUGCUUUUGUGAAAGAAAAAGUUAUUUGAAUUACUUUACUUUAUUUUUACCUUCUGCAAUUAUGAAAGAAAAUGUGAUUUAGGUGUAGAAAAAAGUUUUCAACAGAGAAGCUAAAAAAAAUGAGAAACUGAAUGAGUGGAGUCUUAUAAGGUUGUCCAGUAUAUAAUUAUAUAUAUCAUAUAAUUAUAAUUGUUUUAGAUCAGUUCAAUUGAACAAAGUAAUUACAAUCAAAAUGCUUAAAAGAAAAUAAAUCUGAGUUUUUAAAUUCUUAUUAUUGACAUGACUAAUUGGUGCCUAUAUGCUAGAAAGCAGAGAAACAAGCUUUAUUUAUAAACUGGCAGGUUUAUUGAGAAUGUAUUUUUCUUUAUUGGCUCUCAAACCUGGGGAAUACACACAAAAAAUAUUUGUGGCACAAAUAAAAUAUUUUUUUAUGGCUUCACUCUUAAUCAGAAUUCAUUUCUCACUUACCUAUAUUUCAAUGUAUUUCAUAUUUUCCGUUCUAUUAUUCUCUUGAAUUCUUAUAAUUUUUUUCAAGUUGCACACAGUUACUGUGUGUAUAUUGAUAUAGAACAUGAAGCAAUGGGUCCAGAGGUGCCUUCUUCUGGUAAUGGCUUGCCCCCUCACAUAGUAUAGGGCUAAACUUCUCAUCAUUCAACUUUGUUAUAUUUAUCGUCUUCCAGAACUGAUGUUGUCUGCCAUGUUGAACUCUGCAUGGAUUUUAUUAAUGAGCUAGUAAGAGUUAAUGACAUUGAGAGCUAAAUGUAUCUAGAUCUUUGUUACAUUUCAAAUUCAUCUUCAAUAUAUUUCUCACUCUGUUGCAGUCAGGGACAUUAUUUCGUUUUUUUUUCUUGGCAUCUUUCAAUGGCAAAAAAAAAAAAAAAACAGGUGGUGGGAAACUAUUCAAACUAAUUUUUAGUCUGUAGGUUUACUUUCAUCUACAAAAGUUUCACCUGACAAAAGAUUGCUUGACAUAAUGCCUUUUUUUUUUUAAUGGAACUUAGUGUUGCCUACUGUAUAAUAACAAGUGUUGCUUACUGUAUAAUAACAAGUGUUGCCUACUGUAUAAUAACAAGUGUUGCCUACUGUAUAAUAACAGUUGAAAAAUAAACUCUAAAAUAAAGCAGGUUUCCUUUGAGCCUAAGAUUCAUGAAACUGACGAAGCUGGCUUCAUCAAAGAAUUUAGACAAAUUUAUUUUGCUUUCUUAAGCUGGAUUGUGUUUAAUAGUGAUGCAUUUGAUAAUUUAAUAUUAAUAUGAUUAUUAAAAUGUUAUAUAUAAUUUCAUUUGUCAUUGGUACCACUUUGAUGUGAAUUUACAAUAUAUAUUUGAUUUUACUAGUUAAAUUUUUAUUAAAUGACAAAUAAAAUAUUAAAUAAUAUAUGUACUAGAGCAAGCCUUUGAAAAAUUCCAUUUUUAAAAAAAAAAGAUAUUAUGAAAAAAAAAACUUUGUGGGAAAAUGAUAUGUUAAAAAAUAUAUUAUUAGUCUCAAUCAAUUUUUCUUUAUUAAUGCAAACAUAUCUCUUGGACCAGUUAUGUACUUGGAGAUAAUAAUCACUACAUUGGCUCUGAAAUAGUUAUCAUUAAAUUGGGCCUUGUGUAGUCCCAUCAUGUUUUUUGUCAGUUGAGCACUGAAACAUUCCUCCUUGUUGGUCCACUUCAAAUUGAUGUCAGUCACUUUUUCAUCUUGGUGAUUUGAACAAAAGUGGAGCUAAAGGCUUUGUAUUAAAAUACAUUUAUAGUUUAAUAUAAACCAUGUUGUAAUAGAAGUAUAGUACAGAGCAAAAGCAAAGAAUUUCUUAAUAACAAGAAUGACUGGUAUCCUUAACUAGAUAUUCUUGUCUCCAGAAAGAAAGAGCUCUUGAACUGAUGCUUGAUACUGUAUAAUUGAUAUUUGUUUGAAAUACUCAUGGAAUUAAUUUGAUGUGAGUGAAAUAAAAAGAACUCAAAUAAGUUU